AUGGCAGCAACUUCAACCUAUAUGGCUUCAACAAACUUCUCCGUGCUGGGAUGGAGAGGUAGUAAAAGGGAACUGAGAAAAACAAGUGUAUUUUCUGUUUCAUACCAGCAAGCAGAAGUCGAAGAACAAGUGAAAACCAAGGAAGCAACACAAGAAAAGGACACGAAACAGCAAGAAACGACACCCUUAAGGCCAGUCGAACCACAGGUGAAUGUGAAGAGCAAAAAUAUGGGCAGAGAAUAUGGUGGACAGUGGCUUAGCAGCGCCACUAGACAUGUUAGGAUUUAUGCAGCCUAUAUCGACCCUGAAACUUGCGAAUUUGACCAAACACAAAUGGAUAAACUCACUCUUAUCCUUGACCCUACUGAUGAGUUUGUGUGGACGGAUGAAACCUGCAACAAAGUUUACUCCUAUUUCCAAGAACUUGUGGAUCAUUAUGAGGGAGCACCAUUGACUGAAUAUACACUUCGAUUGAUUGGUUCUGACAUAGAACACUACAUCAGGAAGCUGCUUUAUGAAGAUGAAAUUCAAUACAACAUGAAUGCUAGGAUGUUGAACUUUAGCAUGGGAAAACCGCGCAUUGGAUUUAACUACAACGAUGGCGCAAGCGAAGAUGGAGCACCAUUGACUGAAUAUACAAUUCGAUUGAUUGGUUCUGACAUAGAACACUGCAUCAGGAAGCUGCUUUAUGAAGAUGAAAUUCAAUACAACAUGAAUGCAAGGAUGUUGAACUUUAGCAUGGGAAAACCGCGCAUUGGAUUUAACUACAACGAUGGAUCAAUCGAAGAUUUACAAUAA